AUGGCUUCACGAUUUACUAAAUUGAGCAAAAAGGCCAAAAGUGCUGUGGACACUGUUAGAUCUCCUCCUUUCCUGAAGAUGUUCAUUCCUGCUCAAGAAGCGAAACCAGCGCCACCCUUAGGUCCCCAAUUAGGAAAACGUAAUAUCAAUAUUGCCAACUUCUGCAAAGACUUUAAUGAGCGAACAAAACACAUUAAAUCAGGUGUACCAAUCCCAUGCAAAAUUACAAUAAAUCCUGAUAGAAGUUAUCAGUUGGUUAUGUGCCACCCUCCUUCACAAUAUCUCCUCCGAAUGGCCGCUGGAACUAAAAAAGGAGCUGCUACCCCUGGUACUGAAAUUUCUGGCCAACUAACCCUGAAGCACAUUUACGAGAUCGCCUGUUUGAAGAAGGAUGAUGUAAACUUGAAAACCUGGUCCCUCCAAGCAAUUUGUGCUAGUUUGAUCUCAGAGGCGCAUCGAGUUGGAAUCCAGGUGCUUUCUCGUGAAGAGGAGGCUGAAUUGAGAGGUGAUCCCAAAACCGCCGCUGCCAACUAUGCUGAAUUCCUCCGCAAACGGGAUGAGGAAGUUGCUCAGAGAAAGAAGGAUCUUGAGGAGAAGAAGCAGGCUAAGAUGAUGCGUGUUUCGUAA